AUGGAUUUCUUGCAGCGUGUCGGAAAUUGUGUAAUGCAUGUUUUUGCCGACUUAGUGCAUUGGUUUUGCACUUGGCGCGUGCAUCAAAUACUGCUACAGGAACUAGACAGCAAUAUCCCACACCCAUAUGCGAUGGGCCGCAACGUGGCCUUCAUACUGCAAUUGGGACAUCCCAGUGUUAGCGAUGCGCGAGCCUAUCUGCCCAACGUGGCCGAAGUUGCCUGUCUGCACUGUCGUCCUGCCACUGCAAAUCUAGGCGCCACCGAUGCUGACUUGGCGCAGUUUCUUGCAGCGGCGCCAGAGGGCGUUAUUUACCUCUCGAUGGGCUCAUCGGUGCGCUCAGCACGGUUGCCGGACGCGUUGCUUGAACUGUUUGUCGGCGUCUUUGCGCGAUUGCCGCGUCAUCACGUGCUCUGGACGUGGGCGGGCAAUGCCACGGCUUUGGAGCCGAGACUGCCGCCCAAUGUUCGCGUUCGCUCAUGGCUGCCACAACAGGAUAUACUGGGACAGCGGCAGCUGCAACUUUUCAUUACACACGGCGGACUGCUAAGCAUGCACGAGGCCGUCUACCAUGGUGUCCCUUUGCUUGUAUUGCCUGUGUUUUGCGAUCAUGACGUGAAUGCGGCCAAGGCAGUACGCGACGGCUAUGCCCGAAGGCUUGAGUUGGCCCACCUUACCGAAGAGGCGCUCUAUUGCGCCAUCUACGAUGUUCUGCACAACGAUAGCUAUCGGCGAGCUGUGAGACGACGACGGACACUGCUGUUGGACCAAAUGUCGCAGCCCCUGCGCACGGCCGUGCACUGGACGGAGUACGUCAUCCGGCAUAGAGGUGCGCAACACCUUCAGGCACCGGGACUGGGCAUGAGUUACUUCGCCUACCAUUCGCUCGACGUUCUGGGUCUGCUGCUGGGCGCCUUGCUGGUGCUGUUGACGAUUCUGCGGGGCCUAUGCAAAUGCUGGCAGCUGGGGCGCAAAACUAAAACUGCUUAA